AUGAGAGCUGCAAUUGCGCCAAAAGAAAAACUGGCGGUGACUUUGCAUUAUUUAGCAACAGGAAGCUACUUUAAGCAGGUGCGGUAUACAGCGAUUAUGUCGCGGCAAGCAAUAAGCGAAGCGAUCAUGGAUACAUGUGAAGCUUUGAUAUACGCUCUUCGAAACUGCAUUAAAAUGCCUAGUACAGCAGAAGAGUGGAGAAGUGUUUCUGAUGAAUUUCGUGUAUUACAUAAUUUUUAUAACUGCAUCGGCGCAGUUGACGGGAAACACGUAAAAAUAAAGCGUCCAAAUGGUUCGGGAGCGCUAUAUUAUAACUAUAAAGGAACAUACAGUAUCGUUCUUAUGGCUAUUGCGAAUGCUAAAAAGGAAUUUGUCAUGGUUGAUAUUGGAUGCAAUGGACGCGUGUCUGAUGGUGGUGUCUUGUUUUACACUAAAUUCUGGGAGCGUUUGCAACAAAAUCGUUUAAAUAUACCGGAAUGGACACCAUUGCCAAACACCUCGGAAUCAUUCCCAUAUGUUUUUAUAGGAGACGAAGCUUUCGCGCUAGGCCCUAACUUUAUAAAGCCUUAUCCUCAAAAAAGAGUAUCACAAGAAGAGCAAUUGUUUAAUAAACGGUUAUCGAAGGCUAGAUGUGUCAUUGAGUGUGCGUUUGGUAUCCUCGCCAAUAAAUUUGGAGUUUUCCAGAAAGCCAUAAGUCUCAGCCCGCAGAAAGCCGCAAAAGUGACAGCAGCUUGUUGUUAUCUGCACAAUUAUUUAAUGAGAAAAGAUUCUAAAUAUCAGGCACCAAAUUCCAAUGAGUAUAAUUUUCAAUUAACCACCGUACAAAGCAGUUCGGCGCGAAAUUCAACAAGAUGUGCCAAAACUAUAAGAGACAAAUUUUGCAAAUAUUACAAUGACGAAUAUAGAUGCUAAUUUUUACCACUCAAUU